CUAAUUGCGAUUUGCCUUCCCCCUUUCUCCUGUGGAGGGGAGAUAAAGUAAUCAGCACAAAACCCUAAUUUUCCUGUAGAAGCCUAAUCAUUUCUGAAACCAGAAUCGAUGGAUCACUCCUCUCUCACAGAAGCGUACCAGCAGCAACAGUACCAAGAACAUCAACAAGCGGAACUAGCGCAACAGCAUCAACAACAGCUGCAGCUGUAUCAGCAACAUCAAAAUCAAGAUUACUCUUCGCAACCGUACGAUCCCUCUCAGGUUCAGGCGUAUGAUCAAUCGGCACAGGCUUAUGAUCAAUCGGCGCAGGCGUAUAAUCAAUCGGCGCAGGUGUAUAAUCAAUCUGCACAGGCGUAUAAUCAAUCUGCACAGGCGUAUAAUCAAUCUACACAGGCGUAUUACCCUUAUUAUCAAUACCAACAACCGCAACAAUCACAGCACCCGCAGCAACAUCAACAGCAACAGCAAUACCAGUAUUAUCAGCCGGAUUACGGCAAUGUGUAUCAGCAACCGGCGCAUCAGCAGCAGCCGCAGCCGCAGCCGCAGCAGGAAUUGGGGUCGGUGCAGCCGCCGGGGGUUCCGGUUUCGCACGAAGCACCUCCACCUCCGAACGUGGAGGGUGGUGGGGCUGGAUCGGGGCAUGGGCAGGUGCAUGUGCAGCACCAGCAGAAUGCAUAUUAUCCACAGGGGGGUGGUGAGCAGCAAAGCUCAGGGUUCCCACUUACUCCGGGGCUGAACCCGGCCGCGGCAGCCGCAGUGGCAGCAUUGUCGCAAUUGACGCAGUUUGCGGGGACUAUGGAUGCGGCUGAGAGAGCUAUGGCAGGGUUGCAGGCGCGGCAGUGGCAUGGAAAGGGUGGGGGUUAUCGGCCCAUGAUGGGGCCAGGGCAUGGACCUGGUGCAUUUCAUGGACAUGGGCCAAUGCACCAUGGUCGGGGUCCGAUGCGUCCACCGAGACUUAUUUUGCAGGCUGGGCGAUCUCCUUACAGGGGUGGUGGUAGAAGGGGUGGUGGUGGUGGACCAUUUAGAGGGGGUGGCAGGGGAAGUUUUGGCCCCCGCCACCCGUUUAGAGGUGGUGGCUCUGGUCCGCCUUUCCGUGGUCGGGGUCGGGGUCGGGGCAGGGGUGGUUCAAGGCGGUUCACACCAUAUGCUGCAUCAUCUUCACAUCCAGAGCCUGCUGCAGUUGAGGAUGCAGAAUUGCCUGAAGAAGAGGGAGAGCCCUCAGGUGUUCUACCUGAAGAGGCAGGUGAAGCUGUAGUGCUGGCAGAGACAUCACCAUCAACAGCGGCACCAGGGGAUUCAGCUCCAAACUGGCAACCCUCACAGGUGGCAUGGUGUGAGCUUUGUAGGGUUGAUUGCACUAGUUUGGAAAUCCUUGAGCAGCACAAGAAUGGAAAACGACAUAAAAAGAACCUGCAGAGAAUUGAAGAGCUGAAAAGUGCUAACCUUACUGGGACUGAAAUAUCGAAUGAGCCUGUGGGUGAGUCCAAGUUCCAGCCAGAGAUUGCCCAGGAAGGUGAAGAGGAAAGUGACGAGGAAGGUGAAGAGAACCCAGAAAAAAACUUACCCAGUGAAGCAAUUGCCAAUGAAAAUGAGAUGGUAGGUGAACAGCAAAAUGAUAUUGUGGAACAGCCUGAAAAACCCAUGGAGGAGCGUCCGGAUUCACAAGUGGGUAAGCCUAGGAUGGAGCACUUCGACAAUUGGAGGCAUGGUAUGAAGCGCAGGAUGCGGGGCGGUCGAGGUGGGAAGCGUAUGAAAAUGUUUGAAGCACCAAGGCGAUCAAUCGAACCUCCUAAACCUAAAGUGGUGAUUCCCCUAAUAUGUGACUUGUGCAAUGUUAAGUGUGACACACAGGAGGUCUUUGAUCGCCAUCUCUCUGGUAAGAAGCACAUUGCAAAGCUAAAACGAUUUGAGGGUCACCAAGCUAUGUAUGGGCCAAUGGGGCUUCAGGCUUUGUAUCCUCCUAAUCCAAUUGCACAAACUCUUUUACAUCCUCAAGGCCAUCAACAACAAGGCUUCUACAGCCCUCCGGGCUCAUUUCCUCCACAAGGCCCUUAUAUGCCUCCACAAGCUCACCAAGCAGCACCACCUGCUGCGGGUGCAGUUACUCAGUUUCAACAAAAUGCCAUUCCUCAGGGGUCUGAAGCCCAUCCUGGAUCUGGUAGCGAGGCAGUUGUCUCAGUGGUCCAUGAACCUCAGCAGCAGUUUGCCAGAGUGGAAUCUGGAAGGAAGGAGGAGCCUCUGACUGCGGAGAUGAAUCAUGUGAAUGGUAUUUCAGAAUCUGGAGGCAACGGGCCGAGUCCUGUGGUGGAGCAGGUAUAUGCUGCAACACAUGAAGCUGCUCCACUCCCAGACCAUGGAGUCACUGCUGAUCAUGUCGAUGUGCCAGGACCGGACAUACAACCAGAGGAAGGAGCAGCUGAGUAAGAAGGAAUGUGGUGGUGGCGAACAUCACUUUGUGUUCCUUGUAGGUUCAAUCCACAAAAAUGCUCUUUAUAUUUGUUUUUCCCAUACAGUUUCUCAGGAUGGUUCGUUUGAGCUAUUUGCUUUCGAGGAAUUGAGGUUUAAGAUACAAACAUGCUCUUGCAAACUCCUUUAUUAAUUAACAUUUACUAGACAAAGAAUGAUUCACCCCCUAGUGAUGUCUUAUGAUA